AUGUUGAAGACUUUUUAACUCAUUGCAGAGGACACCAGAAGAGAAGGAGUCAUGCUCAUCAGAAGUCUGUUGCACAGAGCCAUCCAUGAUGGGACGAUCCUGCUGAGAAACCAUCAGAAAUGCUCUACAGUGUGGAGAGAGACUCACCACUGCUCGGCUUUAGUUUACAGAGAACACUCACAUGACAUCGAUACUGUGAGGAUGGAGCAGCUGCUGCUGCCUCCCGUAGGUGAUCGUUCUGUGAGGCUCCACAUGCUCGCAGCACCAGUCAAUCCUGCAGACAUGAACAUGAUCCAGGGUUCGUACCCGAUCUUGUGCCCACUCCCAGCAGUGGGGGGGAAUGAGGGGGUGGGCGAAGUGAUAGAGGUGGGCAGUGAUGUCACAUCUCUCAGACCUGGUGAUUGGGCCGUGCCCAUAGAUGCUGGCUUUGGUACAUGGCGGACAGGUGCUGUGUGUGAAGAGGAUGAGCUCAUUACUGUUCCUAAAGACAUCUCUCUUCUGGGGGCCGCCACCAUCUUCGUGAAUCCCUGCACUGCAUACAGGAUGCUGCAUGACUUUCAAACACUCACCCCUGGUUGUACAGUGAUUCAGAAUGCCUCGAACAGUGCAGUGGGACAGGCUGUGAUUCAGAUUGCUGCAGCACUGGGCCUGAAAACCAUCAACAUCAUCAGAGACAGACCAAAGUGUGCUGAGUUGAUUGUUGAGCUUCAGUCACUGGGAGCUGAUUAUGUGGUGACAGAAGAGGAAGUCAUGUCAACAGGGCUUCAUCGUGUCUUUGAGGAGGUUCCCAAACCUGAACUGGGCUUGAACUGUGUAGGAGGCUUGAGCGGAGGACUUGUGUUCUCAAAUCUUGAUUAUGGAGGCACAAUGGUCACAUACGGAGGUAUGGCCAAAAGACCCCUCCAGAUCCCUGCUAAAUCCUUUAUCUUCCACAAUGUGACUCUAAAGGGCUUCUGGCUGACACAGUGGAAAAGAAAACACAAGGAAGAUAAAGCCCAGCUGAAUGCCAUGUUGAAUGCCGUGUGUGACCUCAUGAGAAGUGGACAACUGUCUGCACCACACUGCAUCCAGACACCAUUUCACCAGUACACACACGCGUUACAAGCCACUGUGCAAUCACACGGCCGCAAGCACGUUCUUAUCAUGUAGAAAACAAUAAAACACCAUGUUCUUCCGAUCCUCUGCAGAACCACAUUGGACAUCAUGAAAAAAUGUCUACAACUAAACAUGCUUUAUUCUUCAAAACCCUGCAUUAUACUUCUUUCCAUGAAUGUAAUGGCUGUCUGUUGGUCAGUGCAGGGCAUUUGGAAAACAGCACAUGUG